AUGUAUGUAGCUUUUCUGAUUUCUCUUCUUAUCUCUACAAUCAAUGGUAUUAUCAUCAGUCAAAUUCGUCGAUCUUCUCUCUUUAUCACCAAUUCUUCUUGUGCUUUGGUUUUAAAUGUCACUUUACCAGUUGGUUCAUCGAUUCAAACUUGUAUUUGGAAAUGUGAUCAUGAAGAUCAAUGUCAAACAGGUGUUUAUUAUCAUGACAAUCGAACUUGUUUGCUGUUUAGCGAAGAUUGUCAAUCAGGUAAAAUAACAUCAUCCGGAAAUGUUCAAACGAGUGUUAUUUGUCAUCGAAGAAAUCAAGGAUCGAAUAAUCAAUGUUCUUCUCAACAAUUAAGCACAUCCUCAACCACAACCAACGCAGCAGAGUACCGUACAGUUUUCCUGCUACAACCCAGUGACAGUAUCGUUAGUUUGUACAACACAACAGUUGGCCAAUCUACAGGGAAUUUUGAUGGUAUUUAUUCAAAUAGUACUAAUGAACACACCUCUUCGGCAAUUGAUGGUAAUCUAGCAACAAAGUACCUUAAUUUUGGUAGUACAGGUGGUUAUCUAUGUCAUGUUCCUGGGCCAGGAGUAGGUACAGGUUUUUUCGUAACACCAUCCAUAAGCAAUGCAACUAUAGCCAUGGGAUUUAUUUUUGCAACUGCAAAUGAUUUUGCAGAUCGUGAUCCAUUAACAGUCACACUUGAAGGUUCAAAUGCCACAACAAAUGCGACACUUCAUUCAGGUUCAAGUUGGACAUUGAUUUACAAUGGCUCGACAGGUAUUGAUCCUAUAUUCACUAAUAGUCGUUCAGUUUAUGUUAUUCAACAAAACUUUAACAAUACACUGGUUUUUGCAAGUUACAGACUGUUGAUUACUUCACAACGAAAUAUUAGUGAUGCAGUGCAAUAUUCCGAAGCUCAAAUCAUCGGUGAAUCUACGACAACGAAUGAACGUCCUAUUGUUUUUCUCACGCGAUCAGAUGAUAGAAUCGUUGCUUUGUAUAAUACAACAGCUGGUCAAGAUGCACACGGUUUCAAUGGCAUUUAUUUCGUUUCUAAUGAAGGUCCUACGAAUGCAAUUGAUGGUGAUCUAUCGACAAAAUAUUCUAAUUACGGUGGCAUUGGUGGAUCACGAAGUAGUGUUGUUGGACGAGGAGUAGGAACGGGCUUUUUUGUCACACCAUCCAUAAGCAAUGCAACCAUUGCUCGCUCCAUACUUUUUGCAACUGCAGAUGAUUCUGCAGAUCGUGAUCCGUUAACAGUCACACUGGAAGGUUCAAAUGCCACAACAAAUGCGACACUUCGUUUACGUUCAAGUUGGACAUUGAUUUACAAUGGAUCGACAGGUAUUGAUUGUUCAAAAGAUCCUGGUCGGUCAAGGUACGUCACUCAACAAAAUUUUCCAAAUACGAAGAUUUUUGCAAGUUAUCGUCUGUUGAUUACUUCACAACGAAAUAUUAGUGAUGGAGUGCAAUAUUCCGAAGCUCAAAUCUUAGGUUAUGUUUGA